CCUCACCCCUCCUCCCUCCGUCUCCUCUCCAUCUCGACAGGACGCAGGAUGGACCUCGUCAAUAAGCUCGUGGCUCAGGGUCAGUUCAGGGUCCUGAAGGUUCCUCUUGGCUUCAUCAAGGCCUUACAAUGGUUCUUCGCCAUCUUCGCCUUCUCCACAUGUGGAAGCUAUUCUGGGAUGUUCCGAAUGGCGGUGGAGUGUAAGAACCGGACGGAGAGCGACUUGAGUAUCGAGGUGGAGUUUGAGUAUCCUUUCAGACUCCACCAGGUGUACUUUGACGCCCCCACCUGUCGGGGGGAUUACAAAGAGCGUCUCUUCCUGGUCGGCGACUACUCCUCCUCGGCCGAGUUCUUUGUCACCAUCGGCGUGUUUGGCUUCCUCUACUCCACCGCUGCCCUCAGCAUCUACGUCUUCUUCUACGAGAAGUACAAGGAGAACAACAAGGGCCCACUGAUUGACCUGGGGGUCACUGCCGUCUUCUCUUUCAUGUGGCUCGUGAGCUCGGCAGCGUGGGCCAAAGGUCUCUCUGACGUGAAGACCGCCACCGACCCAGACGAAGUGAUCACGCUCAUCUCGGCCUGCGAGGUCGAGGGGAACAGCUGCCGCGAGGUCCACGAUCCGGUGAUGUCCGGACUCAACACCUCGGUGGCCUUCGGCUUCAUCAACCUGAUCCUGUGGGUGGGGAACCUGUGGUUUGUCUUCAAAGAGACGGGCAUCAUCGCUCCCUUCAUGAGAGCUGCGCCUCCUCAGGAGAAGGCCGCCGCCGCCGCCCCCGAGGCCUAUGAACAGGACCCUUACGCCGGCAACCAGGGCGGCUACCAGCCGGAGUACAGCCAGCAGGGAUACAACCAGGAGGCGGAGUUUGGUCAGGGCUACACCCAGCAGGGGGCACCAACCUCCUUCUCCAAUCAGAUGUGAACAGACAGAGCAGGAAAUGCCGGAGUGAGCAAACAGUGGGUCGCCUGCAACCUACCCACAAUGCAAUACUCCUGUCUGCAGAGUGAAUAGUGGGGGGGGGGGGGGGGUGUUAGAUGUCCUCUAUAAUACAUUAAGGAGUAAUUCAUACUAAAGAACCUGGGAACAGAAUGUAUGUUUGUGUUGUAUAAAUAUCACUUUAACAGAUAUAUAAAA